AUGACCCUAACACCUUGUCCUGUUUGCCAGGCACCUUCCAAUGGAUUUCAUUUUGGUGUUGAGGUUUGCAGUGCAUGCUCUGCAUUCUUCCGUCGUACUGUGUUCAAAAAUCGCAAGUUCCGAUGUUGGGGAGAUCCUGUGAAUAGUUGUAAAGUGGUUUCAACUGGAUCUGCAUUCUGUAAAAGUUGUAGAUUCUCUAAAUGCCUAGCUGUAGGAAUGCAAAAAGAAAUCGUUCAAAAAGGAAGAGAAGGAUAUGGAAAAAGAGAGAAAGAUUCACAAGAACUAGCUCUAGUUCCUUCUUCGUCUCCAACUAACUUUAAGAUGAAUCGACAGGGACUUCCAAUAUUGGAAACCAUUGUAGAAUCUUACAAAACUCUGGAAAAUGCGAGGAAAUGUGUACAUCAAGGACCACAUGGCGGUGUUUUUCCAAAAAGACCACCCAAGCCGGUAAACUACAAAGAAACGAUUGCAGUAUUUUUGAAGGAAUACUAUCUAGUUGGCGAUUGGUUAUCACAUUGUUUUCCGGAGUUUGCAAAUAUGAAAAUUGAUCAGAAGGAUCUCCUACAUCGCAACUUCUACCUGCAGUUUGUGGUUUUGGAGGGUGGUUUUUUCUCCUGCAAUCACAAAAGAAGUGACAUUCGAUACUUGCCAUCUGGCGACUAUAUAGACUGCGUCAAUCCAGAAACCUACUACUACGAUCCAGAUGGACAACAACCAAUGACACCAGAUGAAGCAGUGACAAUGUUCGCCUCGUCGUUCCAGACCUAUCGUCGGAAUGUGACUCAUCCUAUGCUACGAGAAAAUGCAGAUCGAUUUGAAUUUUUAGCACUGACUGGGUUGGCUCUUUUCGAUGCUGAUUUGGAGUAUAUAUCUGAAGAAACUGCGGCGGUAUGCCGAAAAGUUAGAAUGCGGAUUCAAAAAGAAAUGCUGAAAUACUACAUGUCCACGAAAGGUGCAGAAGAGGCAUCGUUAAGAUUAGGAAACUUGAUUUCAAUCAUUCCAAGUCUUCAUAGAGCAACCCGUCGAUUCUUGGAGGAUAUCGAGUUGAGUCAUGUGUUAAAAGCUUAUUCGGUGGAUGAGAAAUUUUAUGAUAACUGUUUGCCGAAGUUUGGUCAACUUUGA